CCCCUCAAGUGCCCUUAGCCCUACCCCCACCCUUAACCCCAACCCCAUAAGGAAAACCACUUUCUUUAUUGACCCUUUUUCCAAACAUAUAUCUCUCUCAUAAAUUAAAACCAACCCCCUUCAUUUCAUGUGGAUUGAGUAGUUAAGCAAUUGGGAGAGAGUAGUGUGAUCUUGAUCUUGAUUGUAGCAUGCCACAGAGGUCGGGCCACGAGGCCCGGUCAAGCUCGUCGUGUGCGGCGUGCAAGCUGCUCAAGAGGAGGUGCGGGCCCAGCUGCAUCUUCGCGCCCUACUUCCGCUCCGACGAGCCCAAGAAGUUCGCCAAGGUCCACAAAGUGUUCGGGGCCAGCAACGUCAGCAAGAUCCUCGGGGAGGUCCCCGAGGAGCAGCGGGAGGAUACCGUCAACUCCCUCGCCUAUGAGGCCGAGGCCAGGCUCCGGGACCCCGUCUACGGCUGCAUAGGGGCCAUCGCCAUACUGCAGCGGAAGAUGGCCGAGCUCCAGCAUGACCUCGCCGUCGCUCGGGCCCGCCUUGCCCGGGCGGCAGCCACAGCAGCGGCCACGAGCUCGGUCGGGACCUCCGGAGGGCUCGAGUAUUAUGACAACCCCCAUGUGAUCGUGAAUAAUGUUGGGCCAGCUUUCGGGGAUGUCGGGUAUUACUCAUGCGGCAGCGGACCAUAUAACGAGAGCUUCAGCCAGGUCCCGAUGGAAUGGAGCCAGGAUUUUGGAGGAGGCAUGAGCGAUUAUUUUGGCCACAGCCCCUUCAUGUUGGGAUACUUCUAACUAUUCACUACUCGUGUUCGGCGGGGUCAUUAUAGCAAAAGGGAAUCGAAUGAAAUAGAAUUGUGUGUACAAAACAGUCCAAUUUUAUACUACAAUUCUAUUGCGUACCGCUUCUGUUCGUUCGUACCGAACAUCACAUUAGUUUUUUUUUUUUCUUUUUUCUUUUUUUGGAAGAAGCUGCUCUUUCUCUGCCUCAGUGAAUGUUCCAAUGAGAUAUUUUACUGUGGGAAUCAGGAGGAAGCCUUCUAAUUUUCUUUUCUGGGCAUGUAAAUCUGAUUGGAGGUAUGAAUAUGAAAUCAUAAUAUAUUCCAUAUAUA